AUGGCUGACGAUUAUAUUCAAUACGACUAAUAAGAAUAGCCUUAGGUUGUUUUAGAUGAAAAUAAGAAGACAAUUAUGGAAUAUAUUAUUAAGAAUGCACCAUAUGGUGAAAUUAAUGACGUAAUUGCAGAUCUCAAAAAACUCGUCGAUGACUAUCAUUUAUACGAAUCUUACGUCGAUUCCUUAUUGAUUAAGCAUGCAUAAGACCAUUUUGCAAUAGUCAGGGAUCAUCCUCUUUAAUCUACAUUUUUAUUAACUCCUCUCAAUUACAUUGAAUAGGAAGAUUGCUAUCUCGAUUAAUAACACAAUCUUAAAGUUUUUGUUGAUCACAAAACCUUAAAAGUCACAAGAACUGAAGAAGUAGAGAUUGCUUCUAACCCUGUCCUUGGAUAAUACAGAGGAUUCAUCGAAAAGGGUAUCUAAGAAUAUUUGAAAAACUAUUAUUCUGGUACUGAAUUUGGCUAAUUAGUUUAUCUUGAUUGGGAUGAAGAGAACUUUACCAUUUAUAUAGCUAUUACUUGCAAAAACUUAAAGCUUAACAGUUUCCAUGGAGGAGAAUGGAUAUCUGAUUGGAAGAUCGAUAUGAAAUCUUUUGAGGGAAAAGUUAGAAUUAAUUCUCAUUUCUUUGAAGGAGGUAAUGUUAUGUUGAAGGAAACUAAAAAAUUUACAGAAGAAGUGUUAUUUACUGGCAGUCAAAUAGAAAAUGAAUCAUAGAAGAUUGUUAAAUAAAUUAUUAACUUAGAAUAAAGCGUUUAAACUUCUCUCGAAAGCAUGUAUGAAAGAAUGUCAGAUCAAUUCUUUAAAAAUAUGAGACGUAUUUUACCAGUAACAAAUAUGAAGAUGAGUUGGGAUGCUUCAGUUCAUAAGCUAAUUGCAAAUUUGAAAAAGUGA